AGGAGGGAGGAGCCCGAUCCGCCGCCGCCGUCGCCAGCCCGCCCGGCCCGGGAGGAGCCCCGGACCCCGAGCGACUGCGAGCGCACGCGAGCGGGCAUGGCUGCGCGGGCUGCAUACUGAGCCCGUCCCGCGCCCGCGGGCCCGGCCAAGCAGGGCAGUGCCCGGGGAUGCCCCGGGGUCCCAGAGCGCGGGCAGCAGCGGUCGCCGCGUGCUGAGGGCGGCGGCGCUUGAGGGACGCGAGACUGCCAAGAACUGCUGCCACCAGCUCCGCCACCCACCCCCAUGGCCUACAUCCCCGAAGGGAGUACCCCGGCUGUGGGGGCAGCCCCCGUGGGCUCCCAGUAUUGCGUGUGCAAGGUGGAGCUGUCAGUGAGCGGCCAGAACCUGCUGGACCGCGACGUUACCUCCAAGUCCGACCCCUUCUGCGUCCUCUUCACGGAAAACGAUGGCAGGUGGACCGAGUACGACCGAACAGAAACGGCCAUCAACAACCUUAGCCCUGCCUUCUCCAAGAAGUUCGUCCUCGACUACCACUUUGAGGAGGUGCAGAAGCUCAAGUUUGCCCUGUUCGACCAAGACAAGUCCAGCAUGCAGCUUGAUGAGCAUGACUUCCUGGGCCAGUUCUCCUGUAGCCUGGGCACGAUCGUCUCCAGCAAGAAGAUCACUCGGCCUCUGCUGCUGAUGAAUGACAAGCCGGCAGGGAAGGGCCUGAUCACGAUCGCCGCCCAGGAGCUGUCAGAUAACCGGGUCAUCACGCUGAGUCUGGCGGGCAGGAAACUGGACAAGAAGGAUCUCUUUGGGAAGUCAGACCCCUUCCUGGAGUUCUACAAGCCUGGAGACGAUGGCAAGUGGAUGCUGGUACACAGGACAGAGGUGAUCAAGUACACGUUGGACCCUGUGUGGAAGCCCUUCACCGUGCCACUGGUGUCCCUGUGUGAGGGGGACAUGGAGAAGCCCAUCCAGGUCACAUGCUAUGAUUAUGACAACGAUGGGGGCCAUGACUUCAUUGGCGAGUUCCAGACCUCCGUGUCACAGAUGUGCAAGGCUCGAGAUGGCAUCCCGCUGGAGUUUGAGUGCAUCAACCCUAAGAAGCAGAAGAAGAAAAAAAACUACAAAAAUUCGGGUGUCAUCAUCCUGCGCUCCUGCAAGAUACACCGGGACUACUCCUUCCUGGACUACAUCCUGGGCGGCUGCCAGCUCAUGUUCACUGUCGGAAUAGACUUCACAGCUUCCAAUGGCAAUCCCCUUGAUCCUUCUUCUUUGCAUUACAUCAACCCCAUGGGCACUAAUGAGUAUCUGUCGGCUAUCUGGGCUGUCGGGCAGAUCAUCCAGGACUAUGACAGUGACAAGAUGUUUCCGGCACUAGGAUUUGGGGCCCAGCUGCCCCCCGACUGGAAGGUCUCCCACGAGUUUGCCAUCAACUUCAACCCUACCAACCCCUUCUGUUCAGGCGUGGACGGCAUCGCCCAGGCAUACUCGGCCUGCCUACCCCACAUCCGCUUCUAUGGGCCCACCAACUUCUCCCCCAUUGUCAACCAUGUGGCACGUUUUGCAGCCCAGGCCACACAGCAGCAGACGGCCACGCAGUACUUCAUCCUGCUCAUCAUUACGGAUGGCGUUAUCAGCGACAUGGAGGAGACACGGCACGCCGUGGUGCAGGCUUCCAAGCUGCCCAUGUCCAUCAUCAUCGUGGGUGUGGGCAAUGCCGACUUCACUGCCAUGGAGUUCCUGGAUGGGGACAGCCACAGGCUGCGCUCCCACACAGGGGAGGAGGCAGCCCGGGACAUCGUGCAGUUUGUGCCCUUUCGAGAGUUCCGCAAUGCAGCAAAAGAGACUUUGGCCAAAGCCGUGCUGGCGGAGUUGCCCCAGCAAGUUGUGCAGUAUUUCAAGCAUAAAAACCUGCCCCCCACCAACUCGGAGCCCGCCUGAGCACCAGCACUCGCCCAGCCGGCAGCAGCAUGUGGCUGCCAGGCCGCUUGUCCUCCCCCAGGAGCAUGCUCUCCUCCUGUUUCCCUGUGGGUGGCCUUUUUCUAGCCAAUUCACGUUCUCAUUUUUUACAACCGGACUUCCACCCCCAACUUCCCCCAGCACAGCUGGGCCUCUUUUGUUGGAGUCAAACUGAUGACGCUUCCAGAGGCCAAAGCAGCUUCCUUUCCUCCUCUCCCACCCUUAAGUAUUGAAUGUACUUUGUAUCAUUUGAGUGCAGUUAUUAUUGUUAUUAAAAAUAAAAUUUUUACAAUCA